AAUUUCUUUUUCGUAUUAUGGACCCGUUUGUUUGGCUGUUGCUGCUAAGUGCGGCCAUGCUGGCUGGUAGUUACAUUGCAGGCUCGUUGCCAUUAACUACCAAAUUAUCCGAAAACAAGAUUCGUUUAUUUAAUGCUCUUGGUGCUGGUUUAUUGAUUGGCACAAGUCUCAUGGUGGUCAUACCCGAAGGUGUUGAGACUAUAUACAAUAGUAGAACGACGUUAGUUUCCAGUUUUGCCAACAAGGCCAAUGUAGCUAUACCUAACUGGACUUCUUCCGAGACACCAGAGCAAUGGACUGAACAAGAGAACGCAUUCGACAUUGUGAAACGAACACCCACCCACGCAGAAGAGGAAUUGAUUGGAGGAGGAGAGCAUACUGCUAUUGGGUUAGCAUUGAUCAUUGGAUUCGCACUCAUGUUUAUCAUUGAUCAAGUGAGCUCACUUCAUUUCGCCAACCCAAUCCGAAGUGGUGGUGGUGUGGAUUAUACUGAAUUGGGCACGGUGGGAGGAGGUAGUCUUGAAAACGAAGAGCAUGGUGAAGAAGGACAACAACAUGCACAUCACAUCACUGCUCAACCAUCAAUGACACCCACCGUGGGAUUAAUUGUGCAUGCAGCAGCAGAUGGUAUUGCUUUAGGUGCCAGUGCCACGCAUCCACAAUUAUCCAUGGUUGUAUUUCUAGCCAUCAUGCUCCAUAAAGCACCUGCUUCCUUUGCUUUAACCUCUGUACUUUUGGCAGGAGGCUUGUCUCAUACAACCAUUCGCAAACAUUUACUCUUGUUUUCACUGGCAGCGCCCGUUGGAUCCAUUGUGACAUUUUUGACCCUUUACUUUUUUUCAUCUGCUACUACCUCUGUAGCCAGUCUUGAAUAUUGGACAGGUGUACUGCUGGUGUUUUCAGGUGGUACUUUUCUUUAUGUGGCGAUGCAUGCUUUACAAGAAGUAGCUCAUUCAUCUGAUCACUCCGAAAAGACAAAUAGAGUUCAAUUGGUUGUAAUUCUUGCUGGCAUGCUUAUUCCAAUACUACUCAGCAUGACACAUUCUCAUUAAGUCUUUCAAUGUAUUUUUUGUUUUGUUUUUCUUUUCUUUUUGUUUGUUUGUUUAUCCUUGCCGAAUAUCAUCCCCGUUACUGACCUUAAUUAAUCACACACACACACACAUUUAUAAACCUAUUUUAUCACUACCUCCCCCGUCUCCUUUUACACCUCCCUGAUUUUUGAUUUGUUUGAUAAAAACUUGUUUCUUAUU